CCAAAGCAACUAUUACAGCAGAGGAGUGAAUGCCAGAACCAUCAGACACUUGGCUUGUAUCCAGCAGCUAUUCCCCAAUCUCUCAAGACUGAGAAAAUGAUAAAAGCAAGUCUUAAAAAGAAUGGAAAAAUCAUGCUUCUCUUCUCUUCUUUAGCUUCACAUUGGCACCACCAGAAAACAUAUGCAAAAUACAUGGAUCUAUUUUGGCAGUAGCAUAGUUCUACACUGAAAAAAUUAGUUUAUGUUUCAUCUGAGUAUCUGAAAAUUUAGCAGUUAAAAAAAGAAAAAAUACAAGCAGAGUUAUUGUUACCAAUAAACAACCGACUAUGAUAAAUGUAACUCAAGCAUCUAUUUCAUGCUUACAUUAGGGUUUUUGAAACAAUUAUUUAUUUUUAGGAACUUCUAAAUAGUAAUUGAGAACUUUCUACAAAAUAAGUGCAAGUAUGACAUGAUAAAGAGACAUUUUUCUCAGCCACUGGCCAGUAGGCUAAAAAAUAAGAGGAGCAUCUUAGUGUCAUAAAUUUUCCGUGACAACUGUAAAUCCCAGCUGGUUGUUGGGGAGGGAUGCCCAAAAAAUCCCUUUAAGUCCUACAAUAACAAACAUUGCUCAGGUUUUUACCUGAACUGGGUGGUUUGGUCAGAUGAAAGUAUCUGGAGUAUCUGCUACAAAACAACGGGUAAAUAUAUGCAAAAGAACCUGAUACCUACUGUCAAGCAUUUAAAUACAGUGGAGGAGCUGUGAUGAUGUGGGCUGUUUCUCUUUCAAAACCCACUGAGAACCUUGUUAGACUGCCAGAAAAAUGUAAAUAGAUCACCAUUGGACCUUUUAGGAGAGUCUAGCACAGGAGGACAGAUUAAUAUUGACAUGAUUAAACAGACACAAAAAACAACCUUCUUCCAUCCCCAUCUGAGUCCACAGAAAUCCUGUGGAAAAGCUUCGGGCUGAGCUGCACAGCAGAAAGUAUAUAAGGACUCUGGACAAUCUAAAGAUAGCAUAAACAAGAAUAUUUCACCUUUCUCUCUAUGUGUUCCAAUUAUGCAGACUAAAAUUAGGAAACUAUGCAGUUGUGAUACUAUUGCUAAAUGUCACUAAAGUCUAAUGUAAUGAUCCCAGCCUCUCCCAAUACUUCUCUUUCGGCCUCCUUUUUGAGGCCUGUUAAACUAAUUAUAAAUAUAUAAUUAACAAGAAGACCUGACAUGCAUCCCACUUGAUAUAGCAUCCUACAAAAUAUUUUAGGAUGCCUACACGGCAUACAUUGGAAUUACAAGUCUUAGAAUUCUUAGAAUUGCAAAUUGCUGUUCAUUCUCAAAAAGGUCUUUGAACAGAUUGAACAGCAGGGGUACCAAUACAUUUAAUUACCAUCAUUUUAGUGUGAGAUUGUGGUAAAAGAAAAUCUAUUUUUAUUUUAGGGCAUCUUACACAUUUUUACCAGGAGGGAAAACAUUUGCCCCGCAUCUGGGUCCCUCUUCUCCUUCCUCUGACUCACAUGUGAGCAACUCAUAUACCUUCCGCAGUUCUCUCUAACUCUUCAGUUGUGGUUGGAGAAAUUUGUCCCAAACAUGCAGUGAAGACAUGACUAGUAAUUCAGACCCUCUGCUGAUUGCUUCUAAUCAUCCUGUCUGUAAAUCACUCUUCAGGUGUAUUUUAUAAGCAGAGAAAUCUUUGUGAGGGGUGAGCAGCAACUAAUGUAAGCUGGAUUUGAUCAAACACUAACAACCUCAUAUUUGUGCAACCAUCAUUCAAAUAACCUUUUGAAUAAUUACUAUUUACUGCACUUUCUGUGGUUUCCCUCCUAGGGGCAGAGAGACUAAAUUAGCUGUGUUCAGUUGUGUUACAAGGAUUAUUACAGUGCAUUGCAGACAGGAUCACAUUGAGAAAAAAAAAUCUCAGAUUCAUUUUAUAAUCUCAGCUUGACUUUAUCAGUAAGAUUCAUUAAUUUUUUCAAGUUUUUGUGAUGUAUUUUUUAACGUGUCAUGUAAAUCAGUAGCUGGGGCUUUUCUCUUAAUUUCCCACCAAACCAGCAGAAGAAGACCCUAUGAAAACCCCACGCAUGGGAAGUAUAUGUAACCAUUUAGAAUCAUUUUAAAUGUCAAUGCAUAAGGAAUCCCGGGGAUCCAGUUUUAAUGGGACAAUAAAACCGAACCACAAAGUUGUUUCUCUCUCUCCCCCCCCCUCUCUCUCUUUUGUUUAAGUUGCAGCCUCACUUCAACGCUGCCAGCUCUGUAGCACUCGUAAACACAUUCACACUUCUCUUUUAUUUAAAUAUCGGUUACGUUAUGGCACAUAAUUGAAGAGAGAAAAAAAUGCAUUUGAAUGGUGUCUGGCGGAGCAGGUCCAAUCCACAAACCCACACUGAUUUAAAAAGCGCACAGAAAGGAGAGAGACAGGACCAGUUUCUGUUCCUGGAAGAGCAAAGGCACCUCAACAAUCAAGUUAAUUAAAACUACUGCGGGUGUCAGAAAAAAGGGAAUUAUAUUCAUAGCCAUUAAUUAUUUAAAAAAGUACACAAUUUGCAUAAUGAAGUAGAUUAAGACUCAUCUUUAAAUUAGAUUAUCAGUGCUGACUCUGUUAAGGUCUAAUUUCUUCUUCUUUUAUUAAGUUUGUGAAGAAAAGGAAAUCCUACUUAAAAAAAAAAAAAAGUUAAACUAUCUCCUUGCGCUUUGCCCACCAGGAGAAAAAAAAAUCUCUAAAGCUGAUGGUCUCUCUGCGAUUACCCUAUCAGGUGCAAACCGCUGACAUGUUUCCACCCACCAACAACAAAAAAGCCUCUCUGUGCCCAAAUCUCCAGCCGCAGUCGCACAAACACCGCUGACAGGCAGGCAGCAGGCAGGCAGCGCUGCGCUAUCACCAGCCUCUCCAGGGAUCUACGACUUUUACUGUCACUGCGAGAUUUUUUGAAUUUUAAUUUCACCUGGAUAAGUUUAUCUGCUUGCCUUGUUUUUUGAGGACCGCUUUAUUUGAUUUUCCCCCCUAACAUUCCUACAAUGUCAGAAUAAAAUGUGCCUUGCAAGGUGUAGAAAUCCCCCACAGGUACGGACCAAGAUGAAGAGCCUGUGAUCUCUGGAGGAGCAGAAGCUCAAAGGAUAUUUUUUUAAGUAAGGGGAAUUUUUUGAGACGUCGCAGCUUGGCUCCAGUUUAAGGUGAACUUUUGAUACUCUGAGGACCUGAUCUGAGAAGUUAAUCUUUGGGAUAGUUCCCCCAACAAGGAAGCGCCCAAUGUUGUACUCCGUGCCUUUCCUGCUGCAUAUAUCCUUACAUUGGGAUUCAGUCUCCUGCUUACCGCCGGAGUUGUGUGCGUAAAAAGACGCGCAGCGGAGCGAAAGCCAGAGAGAGACAGAGAAGGAGGCGAUCCCGCCAACCUUUCCCGGGGCUCUGAGUGCGUGAAGCAGGUGUAUUUGAGCCGUCUUUCUGAAAGCCAAGAUGUCCGUGCUGCCUUCGAGGUUCCUCUACCUGUGUUUACACUUUCUGGUUUUCUACUUCCAGCUGCAGGAAUCGCAGCAGAGCACUGCCGAUUUCAGGUUUUACAUUGAAAACCACACGAGGAACCCAGAUGACCUGAGCCGAAAGCAGGUCCGGAUCUACCAGCUCUACAGCAGGACCACAGGCAAACACGUCCAGAUCCUGGGGAAGAAAAUCAAUGCCAACGGAGAUGAUGGGGGCAAGUAUGCCCUUCUUGUUGUGGAGACAGAAACAUUCGGAAGUCACGUUCGAAUAAAAGGAAAAGAAAGUGAACAUUAUAUUUGCAUGAACGACAAGGGCAAAAUUGUCGGAAGGCCUGAUGGAAGGAGGCAAGAGUGUGUCUUUGUCGAGGAAUUCCUGGAGAACAACUACACGGCUCUUGUAUCGGCCAAGUACAAAGGAUGGUACCUUGGCUUCAACCGGAAGGGCCGGCCCAAGAAAGGCUCACGCACCACGCAGAGGCAACAGGAAGUCCACUUCAUGAAGCGCCAGCCGAAGGGUCGAGUGGACCCGUUGGAGGAGUUCCGUUUCACCACAGUAACUAAGCGGACACGAAGGGCUCGGCGGUUAAAAACCAACCCCAAGAGGAACUGACGGGACCGUUGGGAAAGCACUAGAUGUCCUCACAGGAGGAAACAGAAACUGAAAAUCUCAAGCUUCUUAAAAGAAUCACCUUAAAGACUCUGCUUCUGUAACAGAAAGACAAACUAAAAGAACAAAAAGUCAAAGAUGUUUUAUUUUUGUAUUUCAGGAUGACUGAAUAUUUCCUGACUCUUGGAUUCUCCUGGGUUGAUGUCUUUGUGCUAAUGUUUCUGUCAUGUUAUUUAUACCGGAUAAACUCAAGGACCUCUGAGAGAACUCGUGUCGCUGCUGUCCUCAGCCACGUUUGAACUGCAAGCUGAAGGCAUACUUUCUUUUUGACAAUGGGAGCUGAAGCAGGAGCUGACGCAAUGUUAUAAAAAUCAGCCAACUAGAGAUUUAUUGGAAUACCUGUCGGUUUUUGUUUGUGUUACCCCUGACAACGCGGAUCCCAUACUUUCCACUGGAAUUAGACACCAUGGAGAUGAAACGGAGAGAGGCGGCAGGUGACACCGCGCUGCCGGGAUAACUGUGUAGCUUUGAGUGCAAUAUUUUACAAGUCUCUUGUCCUCUACGUUCUUUCCAUAUGUCUUUCAUCCCUAAAAGUCACUUGUGGCUCCUGGAAUGCGCUGAAACCUCGCAGUCCCCAGUGAGAUCUUCAUGACAUUUCCAUGCAGCCUGCGAUUCAGCUGAAACGCAACGUGCUUUGACGAGUCCAACACCCGUUGUGAUUUUAGUCUUGUUUAAACACUGAAAGGACACAGUACAAACAGAAAAAACAGCGUAAUUCCACACUGUCUUCCAGCUUCAACACACGUGGGGAAGGUUGUUAAUCCCUUUUGUCUGUUUCUAUUAACUCUUCAUCACAUGUGUUAAAACUGUUUCAAAUAUGGAUUCCUUUUAUUCCUAAACUGAGAGCUUGCCAGCCUUUUGGGGCUGACAAUGACUUCCUCUACCUCUUUUGUUUGUGUUCAGUUAAUCUCAACUUUGACCUUAAACUCAGCUCUUCUUCUUUUCUUUCGCUCACUUGAAGAUGCUUUUGGAAAAAAAGCAUACCAAUCAUCCACAGACAGAAAAUCUGUGCAUUAUCCUACAUUAUUCUAUAAACCUCCAUCUGAUGAUUAAAGCUUCUUCUCAAAUACUGAGAUGACAGGAUUCAGAGAAUCCUUUCAGCCAGAUGUCAUGUCUGAAUCAUAAAAAGGGAAAACACUUUGCUUCUCACCGACAACAAACUCCAGGUUUUUUCACCAGUAGUUUGUAUUUACCUGACCCCUGGCAGGUCUUUUUGUAUGAGUUGCUACUAACAACAUGACACAUUUAUGUUUUUUUUAAACAAAUCUAAGCAAAAAAUAAUUUUAUGACUAUUAUUAAGAUAUUUAUUGUCUCCUUUUGUAAAUAAAAUGUGAGUUUUAUUUGGCCUCUUUUAAUAAAAUGAGGACUGU